AUCUUGUCGUAUCAUCUACAUUAGGGUCGCCACUUACUGAUCCGGCGGGGCAGUUAGGCUGCCCACCACUCUCCUCUUUUUACUACACACCCACCCAACCGGAGACCAGACUCACUCAUGCCUUGCUUCACCCCCCGAAAUUACCCUUGGUUCACCUAAACUCCAUCAACUACACGCAUAUUCAACCAAUCCCAUCCUCCUCCUCUGCCCGAACCCCUGUCGAUCCAAUUGAUUCGUCCUCUGUGCCUCCCUGAUUCAUGGCCUCCAAGCAUGACAACGUUGUUUUCCCCGACGAUGACCUUGACGAAGAGGAGGAGCCGUCCUCCUCCGACAACGACCUCGACGAAAACGAUGAGGAAGACGAGGAGUUAGGGGAAGAAGACAUCAAUUCCCCCUCUACAUCGUCGCGGAUUCCGAGGAUAGCCACCGCCGUGAUUGCUACGCCCGUAUCCACUAUCCCUCCUGUUGCUCUCGCUGUACCUGUCGCAUCAGCCGUGACAGUCGCCGCUGUUCCCUUGGACGAACCCGGACCCGAUCCGAAACGACAGCGGAUCGGGGAUGCUGUGGUGGAGAAGAAGCCGCAGCAAUUUGAUGAUUCGAGACGCAUGUUUCAACGCUUGUGGACGGACGAGGACGAGAUCGAGUUGUUGCAGGGGUUUCUGGAUUACACGGCGCAGCGUGGAAACACGAUUUCUCACCACCACGACACGGCGAUGUUCUAUGAUCAAAUCAAGUCGAAGCUGCAGCUGGAUUUUAACAAGAAUCAGUUGGUGGAGAAGCUGCGGAGGUUGAAGAAGAAAUUCAGGAAUGUAACGACUAAAAUCAGCACAGGAAAAGAUGUUUCUUUUAAGAGUCCCCAUGAUCAGGCUACUUUCGAGAUUUCCCGGAAGAUCUGGAGCAACGAGCUUGGAAAACCGGGUGUUGGUGGGGUGGAGGACAAUGUGUUAGAUGAUGAUGAAGCCAAUGUUAAUAACGCAACUCUGAGUGAAGAUUUUGGAGAUAAGAGGACGCCCAAGUCGAGGAAAAAAUCGCGUUCUAAGCCUGGUGUCAAAAUUGAAGAGAAACGCGUUAUGAAUGAUGGGUUUUUUGUUCGUAAUAGUAACAACAACGGUAAUGUUGACAGUGUUGCUGCCGGCAGUGGUGUGUUAAGUGGCGGUGGUAAUCUUGCGAGUUUGAUAGAGGGGACAGUGAGUGGCUGUUUGUCGCCCUUAUUUAAGGGGUCGUUGAGUAGUGCAAUGGGAGGUAGCUAUGGAAUGAGAGGGUAUGGUGAAUUGCCCUUCAAUGCAAUGCCGCUGCAUUUUGGUGGAGAGUUGAAUUUGGGUGGUAGAGGGAGUGGUGGAGAAUUGGUGGACGAGCGGUGGAGGAAGCAGCAGAUACUGGAGUUGGAGGUGUAUUCCAAGCGGUUGGAGUUGGUACAGGACCAGAUUAAGACAGCCUUGGAUGAGUUGCGGUCAAUUGGAGGAUGAUUCAAGUGUAAGUGAUUUGGGGAUUUCCUGUAAGAUUUUGUGACUAUUUAUUGAUAGCUGAUACUGUAGGGAGUAACUGCUUUGAGUUUUUAACUUUGGGUCUUUGUUUUUCUUUUGGUAGAACAGUUGUUGAGUAAGAGUUCUACUUAUUCAGCCUGCAACAGUUUGCUCAAGUUACUCAUAUUUGUACACAGGGUUUCAUACAUUGUUCCAAAUAACUAGCUUAGAACAAUGCACAGAUUGUAGAUUUUGUGGAACUGGAUUUAACAGUUUCAUGUUGUGACUUGUGACAUUUUUAUGGAAGUAUUGUGGUGACAAGAAUGAGAUUUCUAUGUCACAGACAGUGAUGGGCUGAUUAUCCUGUACCUGCCAAUUCCUUGUUUUGUUACCUUGCUAAAUUACUUGAUUGUCAUCAUAGACUCUUACUGCAAACUAUAUAAGUCUGGCCUGACUGAAUUU